ACCAAACUUAUAUACAAAGUCGACAUUCACAACAAAUAUUCAACAAAACUCAAUCAAAAUUCAAAACCCAUGGCAUUUACUUCUCCUCCUUCGUAUAGUUCCCAAAACGCGACAUAUUGGCGUACUCUUAUCGGGUUAUAUUAUAUAUUUACACUUGUGCACACGGCAGUCUCAACACCACCCGAAGAUCCUGUCAAAUGUGUGUCGGGAAACACGAAUUGUACCGUCACCAACUCAUACGGAGCCUUCCCUGACCGGUCCACAUGUCUAGCCGCCAACGUGGCAUACCCAAAAACCGAAGCCGAGCUUGUCUCUGUCGUGGCUGCAGCCACUCAAGCAGGACGGAAAAUGCGUGUAACCACUCGAUAUUCCCAUAGCAUUACUAAGCUUGUGUGUACCGACGGGACCGACGGAUUGUUCAUAAGCACAAAGUUUCUAGACCACACGGUAAAAGCAGAUGCAACGGCCAUGACCUUGACGGUUGAGAGUGGCGUGACGCUUAGGCAGUUAAUCGCUGAAGCGGCUAAAAUUGGAUUAGCGUUGCCGUAUGCACCGUAUUGGUGGGGGCUGACCGUGGGUGGUAUGAUGGGAACGGGUGCUCAUGGAAGCUCAUUGUGGGGCAAAGGAAGUGCGGUCCAUGAUUAUGUGACCGAGAUCAGGAUGGUUAGUCCAGGUUCAGUCAACGAUGGGUUUGCAAAGAUUAGAGUUUUAACCGAGACUACGACUCCUAACGAGUUCAACGCGGCUAAGGUCUCUCUUGGCGUCCUUGGAGUUAUCUCUCAGGUGACUUUUAAAUUGCAACCGAUGUUCAAGAGAUCGCUAACAUAUACUAUGAGAAAUGAUUCGGAUUUUGAAGAUCAAGCCGUGACUUUUGGAAAGAAACACGAGUUUGCGGAUUUCAUAUGGUUACCAAGCCAAGGCAAAGUGGUGUAUCGAAGAGAUGACCGAGUAGCGGUCAACACGUCGGGCAACGAGGAGACGCAAGAGACGUUCAGAGAUGCGAAUGGGAAGUGUGUGGGAGCCACACUAAUUUCAUCUACACUGUUUGCUACCUCAUACGGUUUGACCAACAAUGGCAUUAUAUUCACUGGUUAUCCGGUCGUCGGAAGCCAAAACCGUAUGAUGUCGUCGGGAUCGUGUCUAGACAGCCGUCAAGAUGGGUUGAUCACGGCGUGUGCGUGGGACUCACGUAUAAAAGGCGAAUUUUUUCAUCAAACAACUUUCAGUGUCCCUCUCACCCACGUUAAAAGUUUUAUCAACGACAUCAAAUCACUUGUAAAAAUCGAAUCAAAAGCUCUGUGUGGCCUUGAGCUUCACUAUGGUAUUCUUAUGCGUUACGUCAAAUCAUCUCCCGCUUAUCUAGGAAAAAAAAUCGAAGCCCUCGACUUUGACAUAACAUACUAUCGAGCUAAGGACCCGUUAACACCGCGACUAUAUGAAGAUUUUAUAGAAGAAAUCGAGCAAGUUGCAUUGUUCAAAUAUAACGCAUUGCCACACUGGGGAAAGAAUAGAAACUUGGCGUUUGAUGGAGUAAUUAAAAAGUACAAUAACGCUCUUGCAUUCUUGAAAGUAAAGGAGAGUUAUGAUCCGAAAGGUUUAUUCUCGAGCGAAUGGACGGAUCAGAUCCUAGGGAUCAAAGGAAAUGUAACAAUAGUAAAAGAUGGAUGUGCAUUGGAGGGUUUGUGUAUAUGUUCGAAGGAUGCUCACUGUGCUCCGGCCAAAGGCUAUUUGUGCCGACCGGGAAAAGUUUACAAAGAGGCUAGGGUUUGUACACGGGUCAUUGGCACAAGUGUGAUUUAAACAGUAAGUUAUUAUUAAUCAUCAUUGCUUCUUCUAUCAGAUUGCCAUCGUCUUUAUUUGUGGGUAGCUAAUAAUCGUGAUAGAUUAUUUCUAUUUUGUUGUUGUAAUAAUAAUAAUAGUGUCGGGUUGCAAUAAAUUUUGGAAUUUUCAUGAGGUACCGAAGCCUAAUAAUUUUGCAUA